UCUUUUAUCACCCAACACAAUAAUCCAUGGCCUACAUCGCUGCCAUUUCCGUCCUCGUCUUUGCUGUCAUCGCCACAUCUUCUGCUGCAGAUACCGACUUACUUCAAGACAUUUGCGUUGCCGAUCUCGCUUCUGGGACUAAAGUGAAUGGGUUUGUAUGCAAGACGAAUGUCUCUGCCACCGACUUCUUCUUCGAUGGACUUGCCAAGCCUGGUCUCACCAACACUACAUCAGGCGCAGUGGUUACUGGAGCCAAUGUACAAAAAAUCCCAGGUCUUAACACUCUAGGAGUGUCUCUUGCUCGUAUCGACUAUGCCCCUGGUGGCCUCAAUCCACCUCACACACACCCACGUGCCACCGAGAUUGUGUUUGUUCUCGAAGGUCAGCUAGACGUAGGGUUCAUCACUACAGGCAAUGUGUUGAUAUCUAAGUCCAUCAAGAAGGGAGAAAUAUUUGUUUUCCCAAAGGGGUUGGUUCACUUCCAGAAGAACAAUGGGAAGGAAGCUGCUGCAGUGAUUGCAGCAUUCAAUAGCCAAUUACCAGGAACUCAGUCUCUUGCUGCCACUCUAUUUGCGGCAACUCCUUCAGUGCCGGAUAACGUACUCACCAAGGCUUUCCAAGUUGGUACUAAGGAGAUAGAGAAAAUCAAGUCUCGCUUUGCUCCCAAAAAGUAAACAGAAACUAAGGCUUCAUUCAGACAAACACUGUACUUUCAAUGCAUGUUUCUUUCAACAUAAUUGUGCUAAUCCUAAAGAUAUCAAUGUUCGUUUGA